GUUGAAUAUUAUUUUAAUUUGUGAUAUAAAAGUAAGUUUUUGAAAUUAUAAUGUAUUAUUUGAAGUUUGAAAAUCUGGCUCUCCCUGACUAAAAUUCCUACCUCCGUGACUAAAAUUCCUACCUCCGCCCUGUACAGAGAGGUGAUGUUGAAUUCAGAGAUGUAGCUUUCUACAUAUUGUAUGAAUUGGUUUUUGGAGACGUAGGUGGGAAAUGUGGCCGGAAAUGGCUUGUGAGGGAGAAUGCAGAAUUGUUUGGGGCGGGUUCUCCGUUGGCAAAAGGUGCAGAUCAGCCCCUGAACUCAACAACUGGUGGCAAAUCACCCCCUCAACCCAUUUCACGCGCAAAUCAGCCCCUCAACUCCCCUGCAGUGGCAAAUCAGCCCUUCUCUUAACAUUUCCGUUAACAUUUAACAUUCCGUUCAUCACCCCUCUACUGCAAUGGACCCGACCAAUAAUGAAUCCUUCUUCAGCUCCCACCGUGAUCGUCGUUCCAACAAAAAUAAUCAGAAUCAGAGUACGAGUGAUAAUCCUAAUACGCCCUCUGAUAAGGGUAAGGAAAAGGAACACGAUCUCAGGAUUCGAGAGAGAGAGAGAUCACGCCAACAGUAAUAAUCAUCCCGAGCGUGGUUUGGGAUUGAAUUUGGAUGCAUCUGGUGACGAUGAUGAUAAAGACAGUGAGGGUGGUGGAGGGAUUUUGCCGUCAGCUAGCAGCACCCUUCAAGGGCUAUUAAGGAAGCUGGAAGGAGAGGAAGGUAGGCAAGUGGAGGCGUUAACGCAGCUCUGUGAAAUGCUCUCAAUUGGGACUGAGGACUCACUAAGCACCUUCUCUGUGGAUUCCUUUGUUCCUGUGCUUGUGGGAUUGCUUAAUCAUGAAAGCAAUCCGGAUAUAAUGCUUCUAGCUGCAAGGGCACUCACUCAUUUGUGUGACGUGUUGCCUUCUUCAUGUGCUGCCGUUGUUCACUAUAAUGCUGUUUCGUGCUUCUGUGCAAGGCUGCUAACCAUAGAGUAUAUGGACUUGGCUGAGCAGCAAACCCAGAUCUGGGUUUGUCUCAAAUCCAGCUGUCCUAAGAAAUGGAUAAACUCAGCAUGUGAGAGCCGCCACCCGCAGGACUCAUUGGACAAGCACAUGGUGGAUCUCGAAAUGAAUCUUCAAAUGGUCUCCGAAGAAAUUGCCGCCUCUCUUGAGGAGCAGAGCGCUUCCGCCCUUCUCCGUGUCCCCCGUGCCACCCUUGACGUCCUCCGCCUCCGUGAUGACGCUAUUUCCCUCCGCAAUUCCAUUGCUGGAAUCCUCGACAAGCUUAAGAAGGCGAUAGGCUCCUCAGCGGAAUCUAUAGCUGCCCUUGCUAAAGUUGAUACAGUCAAGCAGAGAAUGGAAGCUGCAUAUGAAACAUUGCAGGAUGUUGCAGGGUUAACACAAUGGAAAUCUGGGUUUUAGAUCUGGGUUCCAGCGAUGUGCAGGAUGAGAGAGGAGGAAAAAAACCCAGAUCUGGGUUUGAUUUGGAAAGGAAGAAGGGAGAAGGGAGAGAACAAGAAUAAAAAGGAAGAAGAUGAUUUUUUUUUUUUUUAAUUUGAAAAAUGGUGAAACAAUAAUAAAAAAAUAUCAAAAUU